UGUCAGGGUCCUGGAUAUCCAACACCUUUGGAUGCCAUGAAAGGCCCCCGAGAGAAGCUGAUCUACGUGCCUUGCAUCUUAACUGGCACAGGGGCCCAGAAGCCCGAUUAUCUCGCCACGGUGGAUGUGGAUCCUGAAUCUUCCAAUUACUGCCAAAUUAUUCACCGGCUGCAAAUGCCGUAUCUUGACGAUGAGCUUCAUCACACUGGCUGGAACGCUUGCAGCAGCUGCUUCGGAGACACCACCAAGAAACGCAACCGUCUGGUCCUUCCCUGCCUCAACACUUCGCGGAUUUAUGUUGUGGAUACCGGGACUGACCCCCAAGCUCCCUGCCUAACGGAUCCCCGACUCUGGCAGGUGAUUGAGCCCAGAGAGGUCUUCUGUAAAACCAACCUGGCUACGUUACACACCUCACACUGUCUGGGCAGCGGAGAAGUCAUGAUCAGCUCCAUUGGGGACCUAUAUGGCAAUGGAAAAGGCGGAUUUGUUCUUGUGGAUGCGGAAACCUGGGAAGUGAAGGGCACCUGGAACCGCCCCGGGGACGAGGCUCCACAAGGAUACGACUUCUGGUAUCAACCCAGGCAUAAUGUCUUAAUCAGCACGGAAUGGGGUGCCCCCAAAUACUUUGUGAAUGGGUUCAACCCUGAAGAUCUGAAGAAAGACCGCUACGGCCGCCGCUUGAAUGUGUGGGACUGGACCACCCACUGCCUUCUCCAGUCCAUCGAUGUGGGGGAAGAUUCUGCCCCACUGGAGAUCCGCUUCCUGCACAACCCGGAUGCCGCGCACGGCUUUGUGGGCUGCACCUUCGAGAGCUCCAUACACCAUUUUUUCAAGAAAGAGGACGGGUCGUGGACAGCGGAGAAGGUCAUCCAGAUUCCAAACAAGGGUGUCACCGGGUGGUACUUUCCUGAAAUGCCGUCGUUCGUCACAGACUUCCUCAUUUCAAUGGAUGACCGCUUCAUCUACCUGAGCAACUUCCUUCACGGCGAUGUCCGACAGUACGACGUCACCGACCCCCACUGCCCUCGGCUGACGGGCCAGGUGUUUGUAGGAGGCAACAUCUACAAAGGCGGCGUUGUGACCGUGAUUAAGGACGAAGAGCUCGACUGCCAACCAGAUCCGUUCAUGCUCCAGGGGAGGAGGGUCUACGGGGGACCCCAAAUGCUGCAGCUCAGUUUGGACGGAAAGAGGCUUUAUGUGACCAACAGUCUCUACACACCGUGGGACAAGCAGUUUUACCCACAACUGGUCAGGGAAGGGUCAGUCAUGCUCCAGAUCGACGUGGACACCGAGAAGGGGGGCCUCUGUGUGAACCCAGACUUCCUGGUGGAUUUCGGGAAGGAGCCAUGGGGUCCCGCUCGUGCACACGAAAUGCGUUACCCGGGAGGGGACUGCACCUCGGACAUCUGGGUCUGAGAUCCUCCUCCAAGCCCACCCUAUGCUAAGCCAGCGUUUGGGGG